AUGAAUCAGAUCGGAAUAUGGAGUUGUCGGUUCUGGGCGACUUAUUCAGUGGGUUCAUCGUCAUCGCCAUCGUCCACUCUGCAAGACGUAAGCAGCAUCUUUCCGGCUCCUGGUGUUCGUGUCCAGACUUUACAAUCAGAAAGAGAACAGUGA